CUGUCACCUUUCGCAAUGGAGUGUUGGACGUGUCCAUAACAAAUAAAAAUAUCCUUUUAUUUUUAUCGUAAUGCUCUCAGUAAUUUAACAGUAUAUCAAAUUAACAUUCGCUAUUAUGUUAAGUUCGUGUGACGUUUUGUUUUGCUUUAAUUCGCAGCUGAAACAUGGACGAGGAACUUAACGAUCAUGAUUUGGAGGGCAGGUUGUAUGCUAUGCUGCAUUAUGCAGACGAAACACAGACCAAGAAAAACGAAAAUAACCAAAAUGCAGCUCAGAUUAUCGAAAAUGCCCCGCGCAGCACUGUUCGUCGUUACUGGCGCACCAGUGCCGAUUCCAACACUAAAAUAAUUCAGAAAGAGUCGCCACCUGCCAACAACAAUACUGCAGCCAAAAAACCAGUACCAAAAGCUGAGAAUCCCCCGCCUUCUGUUGACUUAUCCUUUUUCCAAUCUCCGCCCCAAAAUUUAAAAAGAACCAUUGAGGUAAUCGAGCAUGAAAUUGAAAAACAGGUGAUCCUGGAAUCAAGCGAUGAGGAUGAGGUUGUGGAAGUGGCUCUACCACCAAAGCCGACUAUAACCAUUGAAAGCUCUGAUGAAGAUGAACUAGAAGUCAUUCAAUCCCCCUCACCCGCCAAGAUCUUGACCAAACCUGUCACUGGAGAAAGAUGUGUGUCAGCCAGUCCAGUACCUUCUGUAGUUUCUUCUGUGUCAGAUGAGUUUAUCCGUGGAGAUUGCAUAGCAUUAAACAUCUCCUCGAGACACGGAGAUGAUCAUAGUUUUGAUUUUAGCCUACACGGUCCAGACCUACUUGAUCAGGCCACUCCAUCGAAAAAGAAAAAAAAGAAAAAAUCAAAGGAUGCUGUAACUUCAAUACCUACUGCUGCAGCACAAGAGAAAUCAACUAUUGAUGAAUGCUUUGCCACACCAAAGAGCAAAGCAAAAAACAAGAAAAAGAAAUCAAACUCUGCAACCAAUGCAGUCAUUCAAAAAGCCGAUGUUUACGAUUCCGACAGCAAUCAUUCAUUGAUUGAAUCAAACAAAAGCAAAACUUCCAAAACUUCGUAUGUCGUCACUGAAAAAAGUUUACCUAAUGCUGAUGUUUAUGAAUCGGAUUCAAGCCACUCUGAGAAUGUGAAAGAGAAACCUGCAAAGACAAACACUGAUUUAGACAGUUCUGACAGCAGCACUUCUCUAGAGAAACCUUUAGAGGAAACUGAAAACAUUGAUGUGACUGAAAUCAAUCGCACGGAGGAAAUCAGUGAGACCGUAGUCCAAAUAGAUGUCAUUGAUUUGACUAUAAAUGAUAAAAAUGUGCCAGUUGCAAAUUCCAUCUGUGAGAACAUAGUUAUGGCCAAUGUCACGGGCUUUAGUGUCUCUGAUGACUAUGGAGAUGUGCAUAUACCCAACAAGGACAUAUCCAUGUAUGUUUCAACCAAAGUACCGCCUAUUCUGAAUGAGGACCUAGAUUUUGAUAAUUUGAAAGGUAAAGACAAAGUUUGCAGGAAGCGAAGGUACUCCUUGACCUCUUUACGAGCUGAAAUGGAAAAAUUCUACAAUGAAAGCUGGGGCGGAGAGAACUUCAAUCAUCGUGAAAUCCAAAAAAAUAUGUCUCGUGACAAGAGCUUGUGGGCGAUUGAUCCAAAAGACAAGAUGCCUUCAAUGGCCAGAAGGAAAAUGACUUGUAACUAUUGCAACCGGUCGGGGCACAAGGAAGACACGUGCCACAUGAAGCCAGCCAUUUGUCACAUGUGCGGUUCUAUGGGACACUUUGAACCUCGCUGCCCACGCAAGAUCUGUGUUAAUUGCGGCUCUCCGAAUCACAUAUACUCGACCAUGUGCCGUAACUGCAGUUCAUGGAAUAGCCUCAAAUGUGCUGAGUGCGGCCAGUCUGGUCAUCCGGCCAGCCACUGUCCUGACAUGUGGCGUAGAUACCACAACACUAUCGAUGAAGACGCGCCUUUAGAGAAGUCAACGCAGACAAAGAAACACUAUCAGCUGUUCUGCAGCGGGUGCACGCGCCGUGGUCACCUCAUCCACACGUGUCGAAACACCAUACCCUUCUCCGGUCUCCCGAUCAACUCACCAUAUGUGUGCAUGUACAGAGCCAUCUAUCCGCCGACCCCGGGGAAACAAAACAAUUUGAGGAACAAACAGAUUCAAGACAAAAAUACAUCCCAAGAUUCGACUGCGUCUUCAGAACGAACUCCAAGGAACGACAGGAAACGACAAUCCAAAUCGCCUACUGCUCACGAGAGUCACGUUAAUAAGAAACGCAAUUUAUCUGCGUCUGAUGACACAGAAAUGCGACGUAACACGAAGAGUCCCAUUGCCAAUACUCCCCAAAGGAAGAUCUCUCAAAGCAUCGAAGAUCCCAAAAAUAAAAAAGAGCAAAACAAAACUAACAAUACCGACUCCAAUAAAACUCCGAGCGCUGAGAAAGCGCCUAACUUCAUUCCGAUCAGCUCGAACUACGACAAGAGGGGCCACAUUAUACAGGACAAUGAAGUGUCAGACACCAGCGACGCUGUUACCUCCGCAAGGAUCUAUAUCAUUAACGAAAUGAUAGACCAACUCAAGACCAAGGAAGGCGAGGAGUGGUUGAAAGAGACAACAGAGAAACACAACGUAACCGUGCAAUACACUGAUAUAAACUCAUUUUUGAGUAUAAAAGGAAAAGUAGCUGACCAAGAGGCUUUCCAAUCUCAACUUAGAGAUUGGACGAAAACUAUUCUACCCGAUGAAAGUUCAUCUAUCAAAACUAACGAGAAUAAUUUGACGACAGCGGAUAAUAGUUCGCCCUGUGACUUUAGUGUCAUACCUAAAAAUAGGACUAACCUACUGAAACAGCUGACGAAGGCUUUGAAUUCAUUAAAAAAAGACAUUGGUGACCCGAAAUAUCUUUAUAAGGAGUUAACUUACUUCCAAAGUCGGCACCAGCAGCUUUUGAAACGUAAAACCGUUAGUCCUAAGCAAGUGUCCAAUAACCGAUGUCAUAUUAAUGAAAUGCUGAAGAAACUGAACAUGGUCCUUCUGGGUCAAGCUGGUCUUGCAGACGGAUCGCAACACUUGAAUGAGCUUUACGCUAUCCAAGAAAAACUAACGAAUUCGAGCCAAAAGAUCAUACCCAUAGAGUUGCGCAAAGAAAUCGGGCAACACUAUUGCAGGAUUUUCGCUGCUAUGCCCAGAAAUGAUUAUUUAGAUUUAUUGAAAAAGUUCUAUCACUCUCCGUCGCAGUUCAAAAAGAAGAACAAGGAUAAAUUCAAAUUUAGUCCGAACGUAAGCAGGCUUAAGAAAAACAUGAACAGCAUUCCAACAGCGCAGAUACACCACAACGGGGAGAAUUUGAAAGGCAAGAGGGACCGGAAUAGGAGCCCGCUCAGGCAAAAACUUGUAUUCUACCAUCAGAGACUACUAAAUACCAAAACUGAAAACACAGUACUGAAGAAGACGCGUAUCGAUUUGGUGCAAAGGCUACACGCGUACAUUGCAAAAACGUACCAAAAAGAUAAGAUACCUUCAAAAAUGGCGAAAAAAAUGAAGAAGGCCCAAGAUCAAGCGCAAGUGUUCUUGGAGAAUGUGUAAAAUAAUGUUUAGGUGAUAAUAAUAUUGGCGCCAACGUGCAAUGGGACGGGAUGGCGCCAUCCGCCGGCAGUAUUUUAUUGCAGUUGGUCCCAAUCUCAUUAUGGGAUCAAUUUGACUUUUUUUUCUACUGGCCGGUCUGGUAUUAAAGCACUUAAUUGUGCGUGUGAAGUUAAUAAACUUCUUUAGUGUUAAAGCAUA